CUUAUUUAUCUAAAACGGUAGAGUAUUAAAGGCAUAACUAUACUAGUAGUAUUUAACUAUUUAUUUAUAUGCUGUAUUUUCUUGAAGGUAACAGAAAAUAACAUAUCUUUCUCUAAUAAUAUUAAAAAAGAGUAACAUAUAUAGCUUAUUUAUUUCUCUCCCAUUAAAACGCAAAAGGAAAUUUAUGGCUAAUUGUACACAUCUUUUGUAGUUUUUGAAAGGGGAGAAUUUUAUUUGACCAAGUCCAAACAAAGUUGUUUAAAUUUCAACAAUGUAGUUAUCAUUAUUACAUGCACACAAAGAUAUUACUAAUUAUAGAAAAUAACAUGUUAAUUCUUACCAAUUAGCAAUGUUGGAAUUGAGAAGAUUUAGGACAUAAUUAUUGUAACCGCGAAAUUAAUUAAAAUGGAAAAAAACAACAAAAAAAAGAUUGAUAUUACUAACAUUAGAUUAUUAUCCAUAGUUGGGAUAAUUAUAAUAAGAGAAACCAUAAUUAGGAUGAAAUUGGAAGGUUAACCAUAAUAUUAGGAAUAUGUUUAAAUUAGCAGUGGUGAGUAUAAGAAGAUGAAGGGUGAUAACCAAGGUUGAGCUAACAAGCCUCGUGCAGGCUCUCUUAUUCAUAAACAUACAAACAAUAUAAAUUGACAUAUUUUGUUAUAGAAUUUUAAGGGAGGCCUUUAAGAUCUUUUCUCUUGUUAGCUCUGUAAUAUAGUGUAUUAAUCAUGGGAAAGAGAACAAUAAUUACCUCCUCAUUGAUACCAUGGCUACUCUCCAUGGUUGUGAUGAUGGUUCGCGCUGAGGAUCCAUAUUUGUUCUUCGAAUGGAAGGUUACCUAUGGCACCCUUUCUCCUCUCGGAGUUCCUCAACAGAUUAUUCUAAUCAAUGGACAAUUCCCCGGUCCUAACCUCAACACAACCACCAACAACAACGUCGUUGUGAAUGUGUUUAACCAACUUGAUGAACCUCUUCUAUUCACCUGGAGUGGAAUCCAACAGAGGAAGAAUUCAUGGCAAGAUGGUACACCAGGAACCAUGUGUCCAAUUCAACCAGGAACUAACUACACAUACCGUUUCCAAGUGAAGGAUCAGAUUGGAAGUUACUUCUAUUUCCCAACCACCGGGUUUAUGAGGGCAGCUGGAGGUUUCGGAGGGCUUAGAGUGAACAGCCGUCUUUUGAUCCCUGUCCCGUUUGCUGAUCCUGAGGAUGACUACACCAUCAUGGUUGGAGACUGGUACAAGGAAAGCCAUGCCGUCCUCAGAAAACAUCUCGAAAAUGGCAAGUCUCUUGCUAGGCCUGAUGCUGUUCUCAUGAAUGGUAAGCAAGGUAAGGUGGGUGAUCCUAAGGAAGAGCCUUUGUUUACCAUGAAGCCAGGGAAGACAUACAGGUACCGUAUUUGUAAUGUUGGAAUGAAGAAUUCUAUCAACUUUAGAAUGCAAGGGCACACCAUGAAGUUGGUUGAGGUCGAGGGAUCUCACACCGUACAGAACAUGUAUGACUCCCUUGACAUCCACCUUGGUCAGUGUUACUCCGUGCUAGUCACUGCAGACAAAGAACCUAAGGACUACUACAUGGUUGCAUCCACCAGGUUCACCAAGUACCAUCUCCAAGCGACUGGCAUAGUGCGAUAUGAAGGUGGAAAGGGUGCACCAUCAACGGUCCUUCCAGAGGCCCCCGUGGGAUGGGCCUGGUCAUUGAACCAGUUCCGAUCCUUGAGGUGGAACUUGACUGCUAGUGCAGCCAGGCCUAACCCACAAGGGUCUUACCACUACGGGCAGAUCAACAUCACAAGAACCAUCAAGCUGGCUAACACAGCUGGCACAGUUGAUGGCAAGCUUCGCUAUGCCAUCAACGGUCACUCCCACACUGACGCUGAUACCCCAUUGAAGCUCCUCGAGUACUACCAAGUCGCCCAGAAGGCCUUCAAGUACGAUGUGAUCAAGGACGAACCACCAGCUAACGUUGAGACCUUAGAUAAGUUCACCACAGGGCCUAAUGUACUCAACGGUACCUUCAGAAACUUCAUUGAGAUCAUCUUUGAAAACCAUGAAAAGAGUAUCCAAUCUUGGCACUUGGAUGGCUACUCCUUUUUCCCUGUUGCGAUUGAGGUAGGACAAUGGACACCGGAGAAGAGGAAGAACUACAAUCUCCUGGACGCGGUGAGCAGGUACACGAUCCAAGUGUACCCGAAAUCAUGGGCUGCAAUCAUGCUGACAACUGACAACGCCGGAAUGUGGCACUUGAGAAAUGAAGCACCAGAGAGAUCUUUCUUAGGACAGCAAAUGUACAUAAGUGUUUUAUCUCCAGAAAGGUCACUCAGGGAUGAAUACAACCUGCCAGAUAACUCUUUGAUCUGUGGUCUUGUCAAGGACAUGCCCAAACCACCACCUUACAGCAUCUAAAUUUGUUAAAAUGACCUACACAAACUAGCAUUUUUUUCACUCUUCUUUUUUAUUUCUAUUCCAAAGUUUAUGUUCUUGGAUAAAUUUAUUUUUUUUCAUGGGAGAAUUAUCAUUUGUGUCUUUGAGUAAAAUGACAGUAGGGAAGAAACUAACAAAAAGGAGGUGUCAUUGGCAUCAAUUGAGUGAGGCAAUCUGUUGUACCCGUAUUAGUCUUGAGUUUAUUAUUAUUAUUACAUUGUAUCCAAGCAAAAUGUUAUAAUGUCAAUACCAAAAAAAAAAAAAAGAAAAAACACAAAAAAUUGUCCAAUAUAGCAUCUUCUAUGAAUAAAUCCUAAGCUUUUGUGAACUUGUUCAAUAUGUUACUUCAUGAUAAAUGUAUAAUAUACACACAUAUAUAUACUUGUACUUGUAUA